GCAGGCGGGGAAACACACCGUUGAAGAUUCUUAUUGAUUCAGUCGCCUAAAAGCAGUCUAUACAGAGGAGUUGUGUACGGAUUACUAAACGUCAUUUAAUUAUUUGCAUUUGGAAGAAAAAACAGGUAAUAUAAUGUUUCUACUUCGGCAAGUUUGGUAUUUUAAAAGUUGCUGGCUAGCUGAAACUUGGCACAGUGAAUAAGCUAGCUAACGUUAACUUUGCUAACAUUUGGGAGGGUGAAUUCGAAAUAUUCCAGCUAACGUUAAUUUCCCUCGACAAAGUUUACAUGCUUAACAUUACUCACUAGGUACGUGUCAGUGUGAUCAAUUUAACAGUAUUUCAUUUGGUUACCUAGCGAGCAACUUCAACUCCAAUUUAUUAGCUACUAAUCUUAGCUAUGUUGUAGCGUUAUGUAGCUGCUGUAGCUAGGCUAAUGUAACGUGGUGUGCUGUCAAUGUCGAUUACCACACAUCGACUAAAGUAGUGUGAUUUAAUCAGGCUGUAAUACACAAUUAAUUGGUACGUGUAUAGCUAGUUACAGCCUGAAACUAAUGCCUGAAAUCGUAAAUGUUUCCUACAAGCCAGAAUGUUGAAUAAAAUCACAUUUCAACUCAGUUCUAACAUUACCGGUUGUCUGUGCGGUUUGUCCUUGCUUCAACUGCUCGAUCGAAAUCUGAGACAAAAUAUCCACAGGAAAAAAGUAUUCUUUACGCAACUUUUUAGAUAGCCUGUAGGUACAGUAUCGUUAUAUGGUUUGGCACCGAGGUAGCCAGCAGUUCGGAUCCGCUUCCUUACAGCUGCACUAGGGUCGGACAGGCUUUGUGGAAUUCAGCUCCAUCUACAUCGAUUUUCCUAAGAUCAAAACUUAAACAAAUGUUAAUAAUGAAAUGCUUAUCUUGUACCUAUGUUUGUCCACUGUAGUUGAGUGCCUUUGUUUGUUUGCUGAAAUCCAUACCUUUUUCAAUAAACGUUAGUCCAAUACAACCACUAAGGGCUCUACAGUGCUACCAUUUUGGUCGCAAAUGCACCUAAAUAUUUUCCUGUACUACCUGGAAUGUUUAUUUGGGAGCACCAGUGCUCCAGGGGGGAAAAACGAUUUUGUAAUUGCUGGCAAUUUUAUAUUAUUAAUACCUCAAAAAAAUAAUGUUUCUGCUCCUACAUUUCUUUUUUCUACUACAUUUUCAGCUUAGGAGCACACGUGCUUCUUGUAAAAAAAAAUGUCAGCAUAGAGCCCUGCAUCUGUUUCCCUGUUGCGAUUCAAUUGGCACAUGCUCAUUUGCGCUGAAUUCCACAAAGCCUGGUCUGUGCUCCACUCAGUUGAGUUCAUCAAUCUUACUUCACCGUGGAGUUUAGUGGCUAGUUUUAUAUUGGAUAUUUGGUUUUUUUUCUUGUCAAAAGCAAUUUAACCAAGCAUGCCAUGAAUAUUGUAUAUUCUGAAUCGGGAUGAUUGAGAACGAUCAACACCUUUUUUUAUUUAUUAAUCUAUACAAAAAUCUAAAAUUCACACAGAUGUUGCAUUGUUUUCCAUCCCCGAUUCAGAAUAUACCAUUUUCAUUGUCAUGCUUGGUUCAGUAGCUAUUGAUGAGAAGGAACCGAAUAUCCAAUACAAAAUUAAUUUUACCUCAGUGCCAACCUGAACCAUAUACCUACUGGCCCUCUUAAAAAGUCGGGUAAUAAUACUUUCCUGUAGAUAUUUUGAGCAGCUAAAGAUCAAACUGCACAGACAACUGGUAGAGUAAUUUUAUUCGACGUUCUGGCUUGUAAGGAACACAAUUUUACAGGCAUUCGUUUCAGGCUGUAUAUACCAAUUAAUUGUGUAUUAGAGCCUGAUUUAAUCAGACUUGAUGUGUGGAUGCUAGCAGCUUCUAGCUAGUUAGCUUCUGAAUUGCAAUGGCUACCCAUUAGCUGUUAGGUAGAAUGAUUAGCUAAUUUAGUUAUAACUUCCUAAGAUGGCUAGGUAGCUAUUGCAAAAUAGUUUGUUUACAAUAGCUAUGGAGAUAUUACUUGCUGAUUUUAAUGUUCACUUGUAUAGCUAGCUACGCCAAUAGGCAGGUAGCAUAGCGGUUAAGAGCUGGUUUGAAUCCCUGAGCAGGCAAGGUGUAAAAAUCUGCCCUUGAGUAAGGCAGAUCUGAACAACAACAACUGCACCCUGGACGCUGACAUGGAUGUCAAUUAAGGCAGCCCCCCACACCUCUGAUUCAGAGGGUUUGGGUUAAAUGCGGAAGACACAUUUCGGUUGAAUGCAUUCAGUUGUGCAACGGACUAGGUUUUCCCUAACCAGCCGAGAAAGCAAAUGGCACGCUUUCUUGAAGCAUGCAUUCAAUCCCCUGGUUGAGAUAUUGAAAUAACUAGCUACAAUAACUAGCUAGCUACUUGUAAAUUGUUUCCCCAAUAGUGUUUUAUUAUUAACUUGUAGCUAGCUAACAAGUCAAAGUAUACUGGUCAAGUAGCUUGCUAACAUAAGUACAGCCACUACAAUGUGUAUCCAGGGUGGGAAAUUAACUUUUUGGUCCACCAGCCACUGGAAGGUAGAUCAAAAUAAAAAAACAUGUUGAACCAAAACUCACACUAACGGAUGAGCCUCCUUUCUAAUGUUUGUAAAACAAGAAAUGUAUUUCUAGUAAGAAGUAAUGUGGUGUAUAGCUUAAUUUCAUUCUUGUGGCCUGCGACAAAAAAAAUAUACAUUUUGUUAUAAUAUUUAUUUUGAUGUUUUUUUAUUUUACCCCUAUUUCUCCCCAAUUCCGUGAUAUCCAAUUGGUAGUUAGUCUUGUCCCAUCGCUGCAACUGCCCUACGGACUCGGGAGAGCCAAUGGUCGAGAGCCAUGCGUCUUCCGAAACACGACCCUGCCAAGUCGCACUGCUCACUUAACCCGGAAGCCAGCCGCAAUGUGUUGGAGGAAACACCGUCCAACUGGUGACUGAUGUCAGCUUACAGGCGCCCUGCCCGCCACAAGGAGUCGCUAGAGCGUGAUGGGACAAGGACAUCCCGGCCGGCCAAACCCUCCCCUAAACUGGAUUACGCUGGGCCAAUUGUGCGCCGCCUCAUGGGUCUCCCGGUCACGGCCGGCUUUGACACAGCCUGGGAUCGAACCUUGGGCUGUAUUGAUGUCUGCGCCACUCGGGAGGCCCCGUGACCUGCGUCUUUUAACCAAUGUAUGUUAAAAUAGUCGAAACAGUUCUACAACUGAACAUCAAGAAUCAACAAAGUGCCUGCCCUGCCACAAAUUGCUGAGUGAUAUGGCUAAUUAUUAUAGUUCAGGGCUCUACGCUGACGUUUUUCAAGGAGUACGAGAACGAGCUGUGGCUCAAAGCAGCCUCAAACGUUUUCAGUCAGACAUUCACGCUUGCCAUACGGAGUUGAACUAUCUAACCAACAUUUUGAAUUGAAUAACAUUGCUUGUGAACUUCAGAGUUGUAACAAUUUGACGCUUUAGUUAAAGGCAUGUACAAGCGCAUAGCCUACUAGUAGUAGCAGGGCAUAAAAUUAACUCCCGCCAAAUGCAGGUAGAUUUAGGUAUCGGCGUGUAAGAAUGUAUAUUUCACCAGCCACGUUGGCGGGUGGUGAAGUGCAAGUAUUACAUUUGCUAAUAAAAAGUCAAGUAUGAGCAUGUGCGAGUUAGUGUUUGAAAAAUGCUGCAGUAGCUGUUUUCAAAGUAUUUCUGCUGUUUUUGUUUCAUAGCUGCUAAUGGCACAAAGAAAUACAAAUACUAUAACCCAACUGGCGCAGUAACGCUGCCUGGCAGGGGAGCUGUGCGCACUGAGUGAAGUGCUGAUUCAUUUUUGGAGGCAUAAAAGUUGGUCUAAUUUACUCAAGUUUACAAAGUGGAACUUUAUCCUUAUGUUUCUUGGCUAUUUACCUUGUUUUGUUCACAAGCUAGUUUGUUUUUCAACGUUAGUCUGUUGCUUCAACUGAUAGCGAAGAGACGCCCUACUCUGAUCCCAAAUCUCAGACUCGAGUGGCCCGUUACCGCAGUAACCCCCUGCCCUUAAAAGGGCAACUUAAUAUUGUCUCUGAUAUUUUGGUUAAAAGACUUGGGUCACAAAAAAAUGAAUCAAAUGUAGCAAUAUACCACAUUCCUUAUUAAUACAUUUCUUGUUUUAGAAACAUUUACAAAGCUUGGUCAUCUGUUUUAGUGUUUUUUUUUUAUGUAACUAUGGCAAAAAAAAUUGGGCUGGUAAAAGAUCUGCGUGGCUGGUAGAAUGUAUUUUAUAUAUAUACACUACCAUUCAAAAGUUUGGGGUCACUUAGAAAUGUCCUUGUUUUUGAAAAAAAAGCUUCUUUUUUUGGGGUCUAUUUUUAAAAUAACAUAAUUGAUCAGAAAGUAAGUGUAGACAUUGUUAAUGUUGUAAAUGGCUAUUGUAGCUGGAAGCGGCUAAUUUUGAAUGGUGUAUCUACAUAGGCGGACAGAGGCCCAUUAUCAGCAACCAUCAGUCCUGUGUUCCAAUGGCACGUUGUGUUUGCUAAUCCAAGUUUAUCAUUUUAAAAAGGCUAAUUGAUCAUUAGAAAACCCUUUAGCAAUUAUGUUAGCACAGCUGAAAACGGUUGUGCUGAUUUAAAGAAGCAAUAAAUCCAGCCUUCUUGAGACUAGUUAAGUAUCUGGAGCAUCAGCAAUUGUGGGUUCGAUUACAGGCUCAAAAUGGCCAGAAACGACUUUCUUCUGAAAUUCGUCAGUCUAUUCUUGUUCUGAGAAAUGAAGGCCAUUCCAUGCGAGAAAUUGCCAAGAAACUGAAGAUCUCGUACAACGCUGUGUACUACUCCCUUCACAGAACAGCACAAACUGGUUCUAACCAGAAUAGAAAGAGGAGUGGGAGGCCCCGGUGCACAACUGAGCAAGAGGACAAAUACAUUAGUGUCUAGUUUGAGAAACAGAUGCCUCACAGGUCCUCAACUGGCAGCUUCAUUAAAUAGUACCCGCAAAACACCAGUCUCAACAGUGAAGAGGCGACUCUGGGAUGAUGACCUUCUAGGCAGAGUUGCAAAGAAAAAGCCAUAUCUCAGACUGGCCAAUAAAAGAUUAAGAUGGGCAAAAGAACAGACACUGGACAGAGGAAUAUUGGAAAAAAGUGUUAUGGACAGACAAAUCAGAGUUUGAGGUGUUCAGAUCACAAAGAACAUUUGUGAGAUGCAGACCAAAUGAAAAGAUGCUGGAGGAGUGCUUGAUGCCAUCUGUCAAGCAUGGUGGAGGCAUUGUGAUGGUCUGGGGUUGCUUUGGUGGUGGUAAAGUGGGAGAUUUGUACAGGGUUAAAGGGAUCUUGAAGAAGGAAGGCUAUCACUCCAUUUUGCAACGCCAUGCCAUACCCUGUGGACGGUGCUUGAUUGGAGCCAAUUUCCUCCUACAACAGGACAAUGACCCAAUGCACAGCUCCAAACUAUGCAAUAACUAUUUAGGGAAGAAGCAGUCAGCUGGUAUUCGGUCUAUAAUGGAGUGGCCAGCACAGUCACCGGAUCUCAACCUUAUUGAGCUGUUGUGGGAGCAGCUUGACCGUAUGGUACAUAAGAAUUGCCAAUCCAAUUUGUGGGAGUUGCUUCAGGAAGCAUGGGGUGACAUUUCUUCAGAUUACCUCAACAAAUUGACAACUAGAAUGUCAAAGGUCUGCAAGGCUGUAAUUGCUGCAAAUGGAGCAUUCUUUGAAGGACACUAUUUCUAUUAAAAAUCACUUUCUAACCUUGUCAAUGACUACAUUUGCUAUAUUUCCUAUUCAAACUAAUUUCAUGUAUGUUUUCAUGAAAAACAAGGACAUUUCUAAGUGACCCCAAACUUUUAAACGGUAGUGUAUAUUUUUUCAUCUACCUGCCACAGUGGCUGGUGUACCAAAACUUUUAUUUAAGGCCCUGAGUUAGUCAUCGCUCCUGCUCAAGUCUACACAUUCUGGGUGAUGCGAAACAACGUAAUUUCACUGGCUUCUUCUCUGGCGAGCUCUCAUCAGCAAUAGUAAUGGUGACUUUUUGUAGGCACAAACUUCGCCAUGGCUCGUUGGUCAAAUUUUAUGGGGAAAUUAAUGUUUUUGUUAAAUGCUGAAAAUAAGGUCUGUGGUAAACACCGGCUUAGAUCUUAUAGGUUUUGUACAAUGAGAAUCCUCAUCAGCUAGUGUCACAUUUUGUGAAUUUAUGACGCAUUUAUGUAAUCAAAACAAGCACAAAGGCUUCAUAAAGGUCAUGUUAACUGACUGAUAUCUCAGAACAAAACCUAUAAAACUAAGCAUGUGUUAACCCCAGAACUUAUUUUCUGAAUUUAUUCCAAAACUCCCAUUUACCCCAUAGGAAUAGCUGAACGAACCAGAGGUAACUAAUAUCUGUAUUUUUAGGACUACAAGUUGGUGAGCAUUUCACAUUCUCAAAACUUUUCUUUGCACACCUCCCACUACGAGCGUUGAAGAUUUUGUGCCGAUAAAAUCAAACGUUUGAAAAUAUCGGGACGGCUCAAAGACUGGAUCGGUAGCCCUCAGAUUGCGUCUCUGACCCGCUAACAUUAAACAAGCGUCUGUGAUUGCUGUGCCCCGAGUAGGAAACAUGGGGAUUUUGUUUUCCGAUUUCAACUUGUCCUGGUAAUCUAAAUCGGGGCCAAAAUCGUGUAGUGUACGCCGAACCUAGCUUAUAUUCAAGUUUUGAGUCGAUAGUUAUGUUUAGCAGGGUAAACUUAUUUUGAUAUCAUAAUCUGUCACAGCACGUUUUUGUACUCAUUCAGCAUGUUAUAUAUAUAUAUAUAUAUAUAUAUAUAUAUAUAUAUAUAUAUAUAUAUAUAUAUAUAUAUAUAUAUAUAUAUAUAUAUAUAUAUAUAUAUAUAUAUAUAUAUAUAUAAAAAAAAAAAAAAAGAUUUAAUUACAGUACCAUUUGGACAUUUUCAUGUUCAAAGUAUAUUCCUUAAACCUAAGUUAAAUGAUGCUGUCGCUGCUUCCCGUUGACAAGACAUUUUGAUAAAUAGCCCAAUGUCAAACAGUUUAACGUGUCCAAAUCAAUAACCAAUAUGUAGAAAGAAAAUAUAUUGAAACAAAAUGUACUGUCUACACAUACAGUACAUGUAAUGGUUACACCUUAUGAACUGCAAACGCACCAAAAACCCUGUUUUGACAAGUGCCAAUAAAUCUCUUAUCGAUUGGGGGGGGGGGACUACACUACUGAAAUCACACGGCAUCUGGGAAUAAUAUGUAUAUCACUGGUUGAAGACAGCCAGCUACAUUUUGGAUUGUUGCAUUUUGUUUCAAGUGGGUAGACAACACGGAAAGGUCAACGCAACACUAUUUUCUUAAUCACUCAUUGAUAUCACGUUGAACUCCAAUAGUCCCCUGUAGCUCAGUUGGUAGAGCAUGGCGCUUGCCAUGCCAGGGUUGUGGGUUCGUUUCCCACGGGGGGCCAGUACGAAAAUGUAUGCACUCACUAACUGUAAGUCGCUCUGGAUAAGAGCAUCUGCUAAAUGACUAACAUGUAAUGUAAAAUGGGGCAAGAAUGUGGGGUGUAGGUACUGUUUAAAAGGGGUUUGCCUUCAUUUGAAAGAUGACUAAACAUGUGAGGAGUGGCCAAUUUUUUUUGUUUCUUCUAGCCACAGGGGUCUGAAAUCCCACUACAGACUGUGUAUAACAAGCUGGUACUAAAUCAAAGAUAUUGAUCUGUUUUUAAGCAAUAGGUUUUGGUCAUCACGAUCUUACAAACUUUAAUACCAACAUCACCAAUCUGAGUUAAAAAGGAUGUGUAUUUCCUGUAACUCUUGUGGUGAAAACGUUAGUCUGUGUAAUAUAGUAACACGUUCUGUCCACCAAUUAUUAUACUAUAUUUAUAUAUAACAUUCAUAAUAUCAAUUAUUACAUUACUAUUUAGGAUGAUAGUAAAUGAAGCACACUCACAGAUUUUUACAACAAUGACUUCUAUUUCUCAAUACUUUAACCAUUGAGAGAGUUAAAUGCUCCUAAACACAAUUUAACCAGGCACUCUAGACAAGAGCUUACAUAGUGACUGCAUCAGCCUGAACCUUUGACAUCCCUUAAAGGCGCUGCAUGGUCAAUCCGAAGUCUGCAUUGGCCAUGCAGCAUUUACGGUGAUACAGCCUCUGCAGAAGUCAGGGCAUUCAUACUUCUUGCAUUUCACGCAGCAGCGCAGAGCUGUCAAGGAAGUGAGUUUGUGUUUAUACACGACCUCCCGCCCCCACCUACCGUCAACCAAUCAUGUCAAUGCGGCGCUAUACGGAGCCCUCUGCAUUGUUACAAAAUUUGAGAGGUGCACAGAGAUGCGGUACGGAGCUUGAGUUUGGCCUCUGCAUGUCUCCGGAGGCUCCACAAUUGCGUCACACCCUCCAUACGAAGCCUCCGACCACAUUUUUGGAUCAAGCAUAAAUGGUCUCUUACCAUGUUAAAAUGUGUUGAAACAGUGCGCUUAACACAUUGUCAGGAAGUGAAGCCACAUUGUUUGAUACAAGCGCUGCCUUCGCGCCUGGAUGGGGUUGCAGUAGCUGCAUUUUAAAAGGGUUAGGAUUGGCUUAGUAACCCAGUUUCCCGCGCUAUAUUAAAAUCAGCAUGGCUUGAAUGUUUUGCCUUGUCUUUGUGAAUGGGAAUUGAAAUGACUUGAAGUCUUUCUUUACUGACAUUGAUUAUUUAUCCACUUGAUCAAUGGUAUUACCGGUAAUCAAUAGUUGGCACAGUAAUACAGUACUCAAAGGAAAGAAGUGGAGAAACAUUGAACCACACUGCUCUUUCAACUCGACUGUAUCAGGUGCCAUGCUGCUGUUAACCCACAGUUUGGCUCCCUUUUGCACAGGGCAGCUGCAAUGUGGAUUCAAGUGCGCACCAUGGAUGGCAAGGAGACCCAUCGGAUUGACUCACUGUCCAAACUCACCAAGGUGGAUGAGCUGCGCCUCAAGAUCUCUGAGCUCUUCAAGGUUGAGCCAGAAAGGCAGAGGCUCUUUUACCGGGGCAAGCAGGUGGGGCAGAUGGAUUCUUCUGUUGCAAUUCAGUUACAACAGGGUUGCUGAGGACCUUACUAAUCAUGUCUGAAUAUAUAUGUUCUGUUUCUGAUCCCAGAUGGAGGACAUCCACACCAUCUUUGAUUACAACGUGGGGCUGAACGAUAUAGUGCAGCUGCUUGUUAGACAGGCUGCGCCCCCUGCUGCUGUCCUCAAGAGCAAGGACAAAGAAGCCGAGCUGUCUGACUCUGACUCUGGCUGUGGCUCGGCUCAGAGCGAGUCGGACAAGAGCUCGACCCACUGGGAGACAGAGGUGCAGGCAGCUGGCACCUCGGCCCAAGCCGACACACCAGACCUGGUCGACCCGGGAUUUGGCUUUUACAAGGUAAACGUGGGGAACGUCUCUAAAUGGAUGAAUAUUUGCUGUACUGGUAUCAUUUGAUGGGGUGAAAGGAUGCUUUUAACUGGAUAAAUCUAAAAUGGUAAAUCUGCUUCAAUAUUGUGGCGCAUUCUUGAAUUGGCGUUGAAUACAAUAGAAGCAGGCUUAAUUUUAAGUUGCAAUACAGAUUAUUUUAAAUCCGUGACAGUAGCAUUGUAUGGUUCACUUUACAGUAUCAUUUUUUAAAUUUAUUUUUCAGAUUAAUGAGUUUGUUGACGCCAGAGACUUGAACAUGGGCGCCUGGUUUGAGGCCCAGAUUGUGAACAUUACAAAGACCACAAAGACACCUGGAGAGGAAGAGGGCUCUGAUUCUAAACCCGGCGAAGAGGAAGUUAUUCACUACCAUGUCAAAUAUGAAGAGUGAGAACUUCCUCAUGCAUUCCAUAUUUCAAAGAUCUGAUUGGAGACAUUAUGCCUCAUUGGUGACAGUGUUUUGACCGUCACCCUCAAUGAACAUGUAUAGAAAAACAAUUGAAUGUCCGUGUGGAAGGUAUUGCUGUCUAUCGAUGAGCUGGACCAAUGGGGGCAUUGCUUUUUGGCGCCAGGGUGUCAAUACCACAGGGUACCACUUGGUUUCCGUAUCCGCGGCAGAACACUAUUUGUUCCAUUUCCGUCUCCUACUCUGACUUUUUAUGUAUUGCUUUUUUUGAAUGCAGUACCACUCCAUCCAUGUCUUUCCUGAUAAUAGUAUAUGGAAAAAAUAAUGUACAAUUCCAUAACACUGCAAUUGGCAAAUAAAUACAUAUUUGUGCUUGAUAAUUUGCAACUUGCCCUUCCACAUUGUAUUGCUUGCAAGUGUAAGAACCGGAGGAACAUUGAAUUGAACGAUGACUCGUAUUACUCGAUGUGUUUCCAGCAGUCAAGGCUCUCAGAAUUUAAACACUUAUUUGACCCGCUUCUGUUCUCCGAUAUGUCAAUCAUCUUACAAAAGCCCCAUUAUGUAGGAAGCACCUGCUGUGUAUCUGGGCUGAAUACUGACACUGCCUCUGUCUGUGUGGUCUCUCUAGCUACCCAGAGAACGGCGUGGUGCCGCUGCAGUCCAAGGAUGUGCGCCCACGCGCUCGCACAGUCUACCAAUGGCACCAGCUGGAGGCGGGCAUGGUGGUCAUGGUAAACUUCAACCCAGACGAACCCAAGGAGCGCGGCUACUGGUAUGACGCCCAGAUCCAGAAGAAGAGGGAGACGCGCACUGUGCACGAGAUCCAUGCCAAAAUACUGCUUGGGUAAUAUAUGUUAGUCUCAGCUGUAAGCCCCCCCCCCCUUAAAUGUUCAUACCAUGAUGGUUAUGGCAUUAAAGGAGUGACUCAUCUGAUUGAAUGGUGUGUUCUAUUGAUUUGUUGAAAUGCAUUGAUGACUUGUUAUACAUUAUUGAUCUACACAGUAUGGGUUGUACUUUAGUAUUAUGUUAAUGUCAAAGUUUUGCCAUUUAUAUAAUUGUUUUGCAUAUUAGGACCAUGAAGGGUAUACUAAGAGCUCAUGUUUAUUUCAGGGUUGCCGGUGACUCCCUGAACGACUGUCGCAUCAUGUUCUUGACUGAGAUCUACAAAAUCGAGGAGCCUGGCGCCUUGGAUGGAUCUGGAGCGGGAUCUGAUAGCCCAUUGAAAAGUAAGUUGGAGCUGUUUGCAGGGCUUUAAAUAAAAUGUAAUUGGUAGCAAUUUAAAGUUAGGAGACUUAAAUGUAUUGAGAUACAGCCUAUAUUGGGCCUAUAAGAAUUCAAGCUACUUUUGAAGCCCUAGAGACAAAUGUAAUCCUGUAAAGACAUGUUUAUUAUAAAAGCUAAAAUGUUGCUACAAAUACCUGUCAUUGAGAUAUACAAAGUAAUUUGUGGAAUAUUAGGUUUCUACAAUGUGUAAAAAAUAAGUAUUUCCUAUUGAGAUGCAUUAAAUUGUUCACUGUCUAAGUCAGGGGUGUCAAACUCAUUUUAGCUCAGGGGCCACAUGGAGGAAAAUCUAUUCCCAAGUGGGCCGGUCCGGAAAAAUCAUGGUGUGUGUGUGUAUAUAUAACUUAAAAACAACAACUUCAGAUUGUUUUCUUUGUUUUAAUACGAUCAACAUAAAGCUGGAGCCUGAGGACAGUGUGUCCAAAAUAGUACAAGCACAACAUCACUAUUAAUCAUAAAACACGUCAAGUUUAUUUGAAAAUUCUAAAGAAAAAGAACACACAAACACACAAUGCCUCAGUGAUUAACAGAACUGUUUCACAGAUCACAGAACUAUAUCAGGGUGUCAUUUCUCAGGCAGAAAUGUAGAUAAAAAUAAUGAAAUCCUGUUCCCCAAACAAGUGCAAGAACCACAGAGUCAAGAAUAGGUUAAAUAUACAAAUAAAAUCUAUUAAAAACAAUAGCACAUCAACAUAAAAACAUAUAAACAUAAAUCUGAAAGCGUUGCUCAAACUCCCGUAACAGUCCAGUUAUUUUAUCUUUGAACCGCUUCAUGUCUGCCACAUGUUGGGUCACGCACACAUUUUUCAGACAGGGGAAGUGAGCUGCAUCACCACCGGCAAGUUGCGUCUCCCACAAUGACAGCUUCAACUUGAAAGAACGUAUGCUGUCAUAAUACUGCGUGACAACUUUGUUGCGCCCUUGCAGCUGUUUGUUCAAGUUAUUCAGGUGCUCUAUAACAUCCACCAUAAAUGCAAGGUCCGGCAUCCAUUCUGCGGAAUGAAAUUCUAACAAUGGUUUGCCCUUUUCUUCCAUGAACUGUUCAAUUUCUUCUCGUAAAUCAAAGAAACGCCUCAGCACAGCACCUCGGCUUAACCAUCUUACCUCAGUGUGGUAUGGCAGGCCAUAGAUGUGGUCUUUCUCUCUGAGAAGGCUGUCAAACUGACGGUGAUUCAGGCUUCUGGAUCGGAUGAAAUUAACAGUUUGGAUGACCACCUUCAUGACGUUAUCCAUCUUUAAUGACUUGCAACACAAAGCCUCCUGGUGCAAAAUACAGUGAAAAGUCAAAAAAUCACGUCCUCCAUUUGCAGAUUGCACUUUCUCUCUGAACUUUGUCACAACGCCUGCUUUUUUCCCGAUCAUUGAGGGCGCACCAUCUGUAGCCAGGCUGACAGCGCGGGACCAGUCCACUCCGACCCUGUCCAGCGCGCCGACGAGUGCGGUAAAAAUAUCAGCUGCUGUCGUUGUAUCUGACAUCGGCACCAACUCCACGAACUCCUCUGUGACGGUCAAUGUGUCAUCAACUCCGCGGAUGAAAAAAUGGCCAGUUGUGCAACAUCUGUAAUGUCCGUGCUUUCAUCAAUUGCAACCGAAAACACAAUAAAUGACUUUACUUUUUGCUUCAACUGGCUGUCCAAAUCCACUGAAAGAUCGGAAAUCCUGUCUGCAACUGUGUAUCUUGUCAGGCUGAUAUUUGCAAAAGCCUGCCGCUUUUCAGGGCACACAAUCUCCGCUGCCUUCAUCAUGCAUGUUUUUACAAAUUCACCCUCACUAAAUGGUUUUGAAGCCACUGCGAUUUCAUUAGCAAUGAGGUAGCUAGCUUUCACUGCAGCGUCACUGAUGUCUCGGCUGUGAGAAACACAGACUGCUGUUUCUUCAGACCCGCCAACAGUUCAUUCACCUUCUCUCAUCUCCGCUGUCCUUGAAAGUUGUCAUAUUUGUCGGCAUGAAGACUCACAUAGUGGCGACGAAGGUUAUAUUCUUUCAGCACUGCAACAUGCUCUGAACACACCAAACAUACAGCUUUCCCAUUCAAUUCCGUGAUUAAAUAGGAUGACCAUUUUUCUUGGAACACUCUGCACUCUGCGUCCACUUUUCUCUUUUUUGACAGAGACAUAUUGGGGCAAUGAGGGUGCCAAAGCACAUAAUGUUAAAAGUAGAAGCCGUAAUAAAUAUCGCGGGCAAAACAAAGUAGCUCAUUGGCUGCACGUGCUUGACCUACUUGCUCUGCCCCGGUAUAAACAGUUUGCUUGCUUAACACAAUUGCUAUUGCGCCAUCCAGUGGACGCAAUUGGAACAGCAGUUUAUUUUAUUGAAAAAUUGCAGCGCAUUUUUAUACUUUAAUUUUUUUAUUAAUUUUUUUAAAAAUCAUCUCGCGGGCCGGAUUAAACCCGUUUGCGGGCCUGAUCCGGCCCGCGGGCCGUACGUUUGACACCCCUGGUCUAAGUGUAAAUUUGAGUGAAGAAAUGCAAGAGAUCUGUCUGCUUGCUAUGAUCAUUGAUCUCCUGAAAAUAAGCAAUGGCUGAAUCCCAAAUCAUCCCCUUUCCCUUCCCCUCGGCCCUCCAUUUGCGCGUUCACUCGCACCUCCGCCAUAUGCACUAGUGUCAUAUGUUAGAAAACGACAAGACACUAUUGUUACCAUAGAAACUCUGGGAUUAAUGUAAACUAGGUUCAUGAUGCAUAAGAUGAAUGUUAGUUGCUAUGGCUGCACACCAACCUCUUAGUGGUUUGCAAAGUACUUACCAUAUUUUGUAUGCUUAUGUAGAUACAUCCAAUACACUGGUGCAGCUCUUACAGGAGGGGUUACAGUACCCAUAACGUUUUUAAGUAAAAGGGCUGACGUUCUCUUUGCUCCUGCUCUCUCCAGGGUCAAACGGACCCGAGUGCAAACACUGCAAAGACGACCCCAAGAAGAACUGCCGCUGGUGCAACUGCCAUGUGUGCGGCGUGAAGCAGGACCCGGACAAGCAGCUGCUGUGUGACGAGUGUGACAUGGCCUUCCACAUCUACUGCCUCAACCCCCCACUGACCAGCCUCCCCGAUGACGACGACUGGUUAGUAUAGACCCAUUUCCCUGCCACGUUUUGAAAAGUUGCAUAGCAGUGGAUACAAUCACAUGCAACUUCAAAAGCAGCUUGUGCAAGUAACAUGUAAUCAGAUGGUUAUCGUCUAUGUCGCAAAGUCAUCAGAUAAUUUGAUUAUCUAGCAAGGUUAAAUAUCACAAAUGGAGCUAGAUAAAGCCAGAAGAAUACUUGUUGAACCUCGCUAUAGCCAUCAGUCUUAGGUGUUUUCAUGGUCAUCGCUCACUCACUGUUAAAGGAACAAUCCACUCAACUUUUGGUAUUUGUUUCAUUCGUCCACUGUUGAUACAGUCCCAAAAUGUUUGCAUGUCAGCAAUCAAGUUUUCAAGAUGUAGAACUUUCAAAAUGCAAAUUGUCAUAGCUAGUGUGACGCGUUUUGCAUCUUAUGAUGCAAAACUCAUCAUACCGGCUGUAUUUCUGCCUACUUGAACGGCAAUGGCUCAAAUGAAAACAUGAAAAGACCCUAGGAAUCGAUAGAACAUCGCUGAGAGAUUCACAAAAACAAUAUAACAUUCAAAAUGCAUCAUACUGUGACACUUUGUAUUAUGAAAGUUCUGUAUCUUAAACUUGAUUGCUGACAUGCAAAACAUUUUGGAACUAUCAACCGUGGACUAAUGAAACUAAUACCUAAAGAGUUUUUGAGUGGAAUCUUUAAGUUUGUCAAGGUCCCCUGUAGCAGGAUCGCUUAUGCGAUCCUGCUACAGAGCGUUUUGGUACAGGGAUGCGCGCGCAUCACUCGUACUUGACGUCUGUUUGUAAACACACACAUUGGUCUAUACUACAGUACUGCUGUCUGGGCUGGUAUUCUGUCCGUCUGGCCAUUGUCCGCUUCUAGAGCUGCUUAUGUGAUGGUCUUAGUCAUACCAAUGUGUCAGAUGGCACUUAAACUGUUUUUAAUUGGAGUUUGAGGUGAGCAUGUGAUGGUUUCUUCAAGCUGUUUUGAUUUGGCCAUUUUGAGUUGAGCAUUCAGUUGAGUGGCUUUCUAUCGUGAGCACAAGUUCAUGGUGUACUGUACAAAUGACUUGAACAUUUCUGUCAGAUCUCUUUGCACAGAGAACACCCACGGAUGCUUGUGUAGCUCUCCCUGGUCUCCAUAUCUGUGCUACAGUGAAGUGUGGUCUGUUACCUCUGCAUUGGGGGAGCUGCCUUCUCUCCUACAUGUAUUCAGCGGACCAGCACAACUCUUUCCCAUGCCACUGUUAACUCUCUACAUGUGUGAUGCAGUGGUUUUGUAUUGCAUCACACAUUUUGGCUGUUCUGUUGUUGCCUGCUUGUUCUGAUCUGUAUUUAUUUAAAUCCCGCUAGGUAUUGUCCCGAGUGCCGCAACGAUGCCAGUGAGGUGGUGCUAGCAGGAGAAAAACUCAAGGACAGCAAGAAGAAAUCCAAGAUGGCGUCCGCCAGCUCAACCAGCCAGAGGGACUGGGGAAAGGUAAGCGCAUUGAGAAAUGGGGCAGGGGAGGGUGUACCUCUUAGUGGAAAAAGUACAGUGGCCGUGUCCGAAUAACUGUACUUGCGCUCUAAAUAGUAGGCAUUUUGGGAAUGCAAAAAAUAACGUUUUUAUAAUAUGUGACAUUUUCUAAAAUGUAUUAUGCUUUAAAUGCCAGGUUGUCGUGCACAUUUAGGCUUUUCAUCUAGUCGAAUUCGUUGCACUCUCUUCAGGAAGAGAAUCCUCUUGAGACCCAUGUGUCUGACAACAGCUAAGGGGACGCGCUAUGCCAAAUUGCACGAAUGGAGGGAAUAAACGCAAUUCCACAUUAAUGACUCAUUCUCAGUAGGAUGAGCUUAGAAUGCUGAUAUUUGUUGUGUACUCCCUUUUUUUACUAAACAGUAUGUUCUAAAUAAUGUUGUACAAUUAGUAUACAGUUUAAGUAAGUAGGCAAGCUAGAUUUAAGACAUGGCCACUGUCACGCUUCUAAACCGUACAUCGAUUUGUUGUUAGUUGAGUACAUUCUUGUGUUUUUACACUACAUCUUCUCCUAUCAGGGCAUGGCUUGUGUUGGCCGAAGCAAGCAGUGCACCAUCGUCCCUUCCAACCACUACGGCCCUGUCCCUGGCGUCCCCGUCGGAAGUAUUUGGAAGUUCAGGGUCCAGGUGAUUUGUCUUCUUUUUGCAAUAGGCUGAAGAGGAAAGCGAUAACUGCAGUCCUUUUUUGGAUAAUGUACUCAAAGAAAUUCUAACAUAAUUUGACCAUGUUGAAAUAUACUUUUUACAUUAUUUUUCAAUGACUAGGUCCUGGUAGGUUGUCCGCUGACAUUUUCGCUCCUCUAUUUUUGUUUUGGCAGGUGAGUGAGUCUGGUUGCCACAGGCCACAUGUUGCUGGGAUCCACGGGAGAAGCAACGAUGGAGCUUACUCCCUAGUGCUGGCUGGGGGCUAUGAAGACGACCAGGUAUUUAGACUAUCUUCCAUAUUGCAUAUCGCAGGAGGCUGCCGAGGGGAGGACGGCUCAUAAUAAGGGCGUGAAUGGAAUGUUAUUAAACACAUGGAAUGGUAUUAAACACGUUUUUUUGAUACCAUUCAAUUUAUUCCAUUCAAGCCAUUACUAUGAGCCCGUCCUCUCCAAUUAAGGUUCCACCGGCCGCCUGUGGUGCACGUCAUGUACAUCUAUUACAAGCCCCCAUCCCAACAAAAUAGCUGCAGGGUUGGAACACUAAGCAUGAAUGGUCACUGUACUAAUGCUGGUUUUCAAUUGGUCCCAGGAUGACGGCAACGAGUUCACCUACACCGGCUCUGGAGGGCGCGAUCUGUCUGGCAACAAGAGGACAGCCGAACAGUCGUGUGAUCAGAAGCUCACCAAUAUGAACAGGUUAGUGAGCAAAACGAAUCAGAUCUUUUUGCACAGAGAACACCCACGGAUGCUUGUGUAGCUCUCCCUGGUCUCCAUAUCUGUGCUACAGUGAAGUGUGGUCUGUUACCUCUGCAUUGGGGGAGCUGUCUUCUCUCCUACAUGUAUUCAGCGGACCAGCACAACUCUUUCCCAUGCCACUAUUAACUCUCUACAUGUGUGAUGCAGUGGUUUUGUAUGAGGGGGAAAUUGGUGAUAUGCAGAAGGCCGGGCUUAUUGGCUUUGCAUGUCUAUGCCUCUUUUGAGCACUGGUUUGUGACUGUUUUUAACAAUCGUGACUUGUUCUAGCAAUUCCCCUUUUAUUGAAUCGCUAGAACUCUAAAUUAUUCAAAUAGGACAUAUGAACUUAUGUUUAAACUGUGAGUGUAUUUAUUUGAUUAUUCACUGCAGUCCACAAUUUGAUUCUCAUUUGAAUUAACCAAUCUUAAUUUGCCUGUGACCCAGGGCUCUGGCUCUGAACUGCAACGCAUCGGUGAACGAGAAGGACGGGGCCACUGCAAAAGACUGGAAGGCAGGCAAGCCGGUCAGGGUGGUGCGCAGCUCCAAGGGCCGCAAACACAGCAAGUUCAGCCCGGAAGACGGCAACAGAUACGACGGAAUCUACAAGGUGGGAAUUCUUGUUUUUUAUGUUUCAUGUGAAAUUAGGUUCCAUUAGGCUUGGGCGUUAUACUGGGGUAUUUGGAAAAAAACACAGGAUGGUUUUUCAAUACCGUCAACUAUUUAUUUGAAGUUUUUCAAUAAAUUUGAAUAUUUGUAGCUACUUUUUAAGUUAAUACCUGCAGUCAACUUGUGCAAUACGUUUUUGAGAUAAUGCAGAUUGCGUUCUUAAUUUCACCUGUCACAUUAUGAAGCUUACCGUAGUUCCCCAGAACAGUUGAGCCAGUCACGUGUUUGUAAAUAGCACGGCGGGAGCUGGUGAGUCCAUAGCAUUCUAUAUCCAUCGGCGAGUCUGUUGUGCGGCGCACAUGAGGUGAAGUUGCACUUGAAUGCAAUUCACUACUAAAUGUUUUCAAUCAUAUCUUAUGGCUUUCUGCCAGAAGUCAAAGAGCUCUGGAUUUCUUCCCUGUGCUUCCAACUGUCACGAGAAUUUCUAUCUCUAAUUAAUCAAACGUAAUGCUCUGAAUAAUUCCCAGAGGGUGUAAAUUCUCUGGUUUAAUCAUGAAUUAAACAAAGGUCCGCAACCAGCAAGAAUGAUCUGUAUUUUUAAUCAUGGAGAGCUCUGGCGCCAAAAAACAUACAUACAGCUUUUAUACCCCUUGACACACAAAGGCACUUUGCUCCGCCCACCUUUAAACCGUUUCUUAGUCCCCUUCACCCUGGAAUGCUUUCUCAACAGUUUCUAACUCCUCCCCCUCUGUUAGUGGGUUGACACUACAUUAUAACUCUUAUACCGUUCACACAUUUAUACUGUAUUUGGGGUGAAAUCCUUUAGUCAUUAUUCUUAAAAUACAAAUUAAUCUAUCACCAACUAGUGUUUUUAUUUUUUUUGCUGUCUUCAGAACCGCAUGCAUCACAAUUUGUAUUAAUUUGCACAAUUUCUCUCAUUCACUUUAGUUGUAAAUGUCCACGCAUUUAGCUAACAGCGUCUGUGAUUUCACAAUUAGUUAGCAUAUUUUGUUAGCAUUCUGGUAAAGAUCCCAAUGGGCUCUUCUUGCAUUUUUUAGCCCCCUUGUGUGCUAUGCCGGUAAUACCGUAAAUCCCGGGAUGAGAAAAGGACUAUGAAAAUCGGGAUACCGCCCAAGCCUAGGUUCCAUAUGGUCCUCUGUAAUGUAACCCUAUUAGCAAUUUACAAGCCUGUUUCCAUUAUGUCUUAUCUCUGCAUUAGUCACACAUUAAUACCAAGUGUAAAUGGGGUCUCCGUUCCAUGCGGACUAUUCAAAAUGCCCGCCUCUUUUCCAGGUGGUGAAAUACUGGCCAGAGAAGGGCAAGUCCGGCUUCCUCGUCUGGAGGUAUCUUCUCAAGCGAAAUGACGACGAGCCAGCGCCAUGGACCCGGGACGGCAAGGAACGCAUCAAGAAACUGGGACUCACCAUGCAGGUAAAGUGACAUGGAUCAUCCUGUAAAAUGUCCAGUAUGAAGGUUUUUUUGUCGACCUGACCAAAUUCACAUAGAAAUGUGAGUUAUAGAUCUGUCAUUCUCAAUGAUAGCAAGUCUUAAUGUUUAUUUAUUUUUUUAAAGCAAGUCUAUGUGGAGGAUCUGUUUUUGUGCGCUGUUAAGUUUUGCGUUUUUUGUCUUUCGGUUUUGUACACCAGCUGAAAAUACGAUAUAUUGGGUUUUUGAAAAGAGACAUCACAAUACUUAGAUGCCGAUAUGUAUUGCGAUUCGAUAUUGUGAUUUGAUGUUCAAAACAUAUUUAUUAUUAGGUUCACCCAUCUUAGUACUGGGUCGGACCCCCCUUUUGCCUCCAGAGCAGCCUGAAUUCUUCAGGGCAUUCUAGAAGGUGUCUGAAAUGUUCCACAGGGAUGUUGGUCCAUGCUGAUGCUAUGGCAUCACAGUUGCUGCAGAUUGGACGGCAGUACAUGCAUGCUGUGAACAUCUCAUCCCAAAUAUGCUCUAUUGGGUUUAGGUCUGGGGACUGCUCAGGCCACUCAAGUAAACUGAACUCGCAGUCAUGUUCCAGGCAACAUUUUUCCGCUCCUCAAUUGUCCAGUGUUGGUGAUCGCGUGCACACUGGAGCCGCCGCUUCUUGUUUUUAGCUGAUAGGAGUGGAACCCGUUGUGGUCGUCUGCUGCAAUAGCCCAUCCGUGAGAAGGAUCAAGUUGUGCGUUCCAAGAUGCCGUUUUGAACACCACUGUUGUACUGCGCCGUUAUUUGUCUGUUUGUGGCCCACCUGUUAACUUGCACGACUUUUGCCCUUCUCCUUCGACCUCUCUCAUCAACGAGCUGUUUUUGCCCACAGGACUGCCGCUGACCGGAUGUUUUUUGUUUGUCGCACCAUUCUUUGGUAAACCCUAGACACUGUCGUGCAUGAAAAGCCCAGGAGGGUGGCCAUUUCUGAGACGCUGGAUCCGGCGCGCCUGGCACAGACGAUCAAACCACGCUCAGUCUCUUAGGUCACUCGUUUUGUCCAUUCUUGUGUUUAAUCGAACAGCUAACUAUUUAAAAAGAUGGAGAACAAGGUAUAUGAUGAAAAAUACAGGAGUUUUGGCGCAGGUACAGCUGACUAGCGCUAGCUAAUGCUACCUAGCUUUUUAUUUCUAACGAAUUGGAGUCAAAUCAAUAUAAUAUCGUCAAAAUAAUAACUAUGUAACUCUAGAAUUUAAAUAUUUGUUUCAUCACUACUACACAGCGGUUUAGAUUGGUUUAGACUAGAGACUCAUGGUACAUGCAUUGCUUGUUUUGUGACUAACUGAAAUUAGGUGAACAUGAGAGAAUUUUCGCAACCAGGUAAUGACAGAGCAAUUUCUACAUAUUGUGCCUUUUUAUUAACUAGCUCAGGUGAUAGUGCAGUUUAUGCGUUUUGUUUUGAGGAAUAUCUUUGGUUUCAGUAUCCUGAAGGCUAUCUGGAGGCCCAGGCUGCCAAGGGGAAGGAGAAGGAGAACAAGGAGAAAGAGAACGAGGAGGUAACUGAAACACCCACCAAAGGGAAGCGGAAAAGAAAGUCUCAGUCUAAUGGUGAGUGACUUCAAAGUAGCUCUAGAAUAGCUUUAACCACACGACACUGGUAGCUUUCAGAUUUCCAACUGAGAAUACAGCUGCAAAUUGCUAAUUUAACAGGCUGUUCUCACCUUUCUAAUCAAUUAUGGUUGUAUUGACCCUGGAUUAAGAUUAAAUGUGUUCUUAAUUUCACCAGAGUGUCAGAAGACAUGUGGUCUUUUGUUGCAGAAGCUGAAGAGAAGUCGUCGCCAGCCAAGCGCACUCCCAAGAAGAUGAAGGUGGAGGCUUACAAACUGACCAAAGAACAGAAGGCCUGGAUCAAGGAUGACGAGCCCAACAGGAAGGUGUGGGACGAAGCCAUGGAGUCUCUGGCCCUUGGCCCGGUAAGAGAAGCCUUUCCAGAUUUCACACUAUUGGAAUUGAUGCUGAUGCAAAGCCAAUGGGUCUUGAAGUGACCAUCUGAACUAGGGUUAUCGCGAUACUACUAUACCAGAUUUUCCUUAACAAAGCAAUCUAAACGCUAUGUUUUUUUUUUUUUUUAAUCUACUUUAUGUGAAAGAUUGUGUGCUAUAGCUUGCAAAAUAAACACGUGACCGGGUGACAAAAAGGCUGUUUUUUUUCCAUCAUUAGGACUGUUUUCCUCAAGAAAUUAAGUCUUCUUAGUUUCCUUUUCUUCCUAGUAUUGUGAUACUGGUAUCCUUACAACCCUAAUCUGAACCUUAGAAUGCAGCAAGCAUUGGUGUUGUUGAAAUGCUGUUUUUUUUCAAUUGUCUUCAUCACUACACCGAUAUAAAAAAUAUAUAUAAGCUUAGGUGGUGUAUAGACAUGGAUCAUCCUGUAAAAUGUCCAAUACGUAACGUUUUGGGUGACGUGACCAAAUUCGCAUGGAAAUGUGUUAUGGAUCUGUCAUUCUCAUUGAAAGCGAGUCUAAUAAGCGGUAGAUCUGUUCUAUGUGCGCUAUUUCUAUGCUUCCCAUUCUUAAGUUUCCUUUUUGCGUCUUUUACUUUCUGUUUUGUACACCAGCUGAAAAUACGAUAACUUUGGUAAUGGAAAAUAUAUUUCACAGCAGUUUAGAUGGUGUACAAUGAUUCUCUACACCAGGGGUCUCCAAACCUUUCUAUCAUGAGAGCUACUUUUUUUUAUUUAUUACAUGUCACAAGCUACAAUGUAUUUUUAUAGCUUUUAAAUAGGCACAUUCUUCUCUUCUCACCUGUAACUCAUCCCCAGAUCCUUGGUGUACAAGAGAUUUGUUUUCUGUUAAUAUACCUGGUAAAAUAAUGGUUAAUAAACUAUAUUUGGCCUGACUGGCCCCAUAAAUCUCUUGAUUUUAUUUUUCCUGGUUUGGGAUUAUUGUUAUUACAAUUAUUCAUAGAGAAACAAUGUAAAUGUAUGUUCUGAGUCCAUGUCAAUGCUUAAAUCGCAUUAGAAGACCAUUUGAGGUCUGGAAAAACUAACAAAUUUGGAUUUGAGUAAUUCCCCAUUUAAUUGCGCAUUUAGAAAGAGGAAUGUGUUGGUCUAGCGACGUUUCUGUUGGGCCUACUGCUGCAUCACGUCAUGGCAGAGUUUGUAAAACAAUGGCCACCCAGUUGAUACAAAUAAUCAUAAAAUAGUUCUCAGGUAAGCCUACUUUGCAGUUAACAUUUAAUUUGAAAGGUUUUUGGGGAAAGUCUACCCACAAGACUGUUAUCAUUAUCAUUGCUAACUGGCUACAUAAGGAGUGAUAAACGCGCACACCAAACAGACAUACAGUGGCAAUAUCACUGGAAAUGUAUUUGCAGAUACUGUUACGGGUAGCUUUUUUUAAGCCAAUAGUGGCUAACCAGGGGUGGGAUAAUGUCAAUGUGGGUUUGGAAAGUAGCCGGGAGCUUUAUGUAUAUGACAGUUUGUGAUGGAACAAAUGGGGGAGAAAAAUACAUGUACUUUCAGAAACGCUUGGCGAGCUACUCAAAGGUGGAUCUACCUGUUCGAGACCCCUGCUCUACACUAUACUUGCUUGUUUUGUCACAAACUGAAAUUAGGCAAACUAUUAGAAUUAUAGCAACCAGGAAAUGGCAUGCAUUAAGACUUGGAACCUUUUUUUUGAAUGUCCAUAUCAAUCUCCUCACUUACCAUGGUUUGGGUACUAGGUACUUAACAGUUACUUUUGCUUUUCCAGAAAUUCCUGAACAAAGUUGAGGAGGUUUUCUUGUGUAUAUGCUGCCAAGAAGUGGUAUUUCAACCUAUCACCACCGAGUGCCAACACAAUGUCUGCAGGGUAAGUUGAUCUUCUUUGCUAGCCUUGCACUGAGAUUUUGCCUUUCCAUCCAUUGAGCGCAAGAAAAAUUGAGCAAGGUAUUGAAAGGUGCAUUUUUCAUUUAUUUUAGGAAUGCCUUCAGCGGUCUUUCAAGGCAGAGGUGUACUCUUGCCCAGCAUGCAGGCACGAUCUGGGCAAAAACAACCCAAUGACUGUCAACAAACCCCUCCAAGCCAUUCUCAACCAGUUCUUCCCAGGAUACAGCAGUGGACGG